AGGAGAUGACCAGAGACUGCGGACAGUACAGGGAUGACCAGAGACUGCGGACACAGUACAGGGAUGACCAGAGACUGCGGACAGUACAGGAGAUGACCAGAGACUGCGGACACAGUACAGGGAUGACCAGUGACUGCGGACAGUACAGGGAUGACCAGAGACUGCGGAAAGUACAGGAGAUGACCAGAGACUGCGGACAGUACAGGGAUGACCAGAGACUGCGGACAGUACAGGGAUGACCAGAGACUGCGGACACAGUACAGGGAUGACCAGAGACUGCGGACAGUACAGGGAUGACCAGAGACUGCGGACACAGUACAGGGAUGACCAGAGACUGCGGACACAGUACAGGGAUGACCAGAGACUGCGGACACAGUACAGGAGAUGACCAGAGACUGCGUACACAGUACAGGGAUGACCAGAGACUGCGGACACAGUACAGG